AUGUUUCGCUCACGGGGUCCCUUGCGGCACUCUGUUGGAGCGGGCUCCGAAUCUUCCUCGUCAACCUCACCCGAGCGACCAGUCGACGAUGACACAGAUUUCUUCAUCCAAGCAAAUGAUUCACAAUCCUCUGUGGGCGUGGGAACCUUACGGGACUUCCAGGUCGAUGCUGAACAGGGCGCAACUCUACCGCCCAUUUACCGUCUUCCCCCCGAGCUCCUGAUUGCCAUAUUUGCGAAGCUCAACUCGCCUACGGACAUGCUGAACUGUAUGAAAGUCUCCCAAAGGUGGGCGGCACAUUGCGUGGCAAUACUGUGGCAUCGGCCGUCUUGUAAUACUUGGGAGAAUUUGAAGAGAGUGGCGGGCGCCAUCAGUACUCCAGAGAGCUAUUUCCCGUACUAUGAGCUGGUGAAGCGGCUGAACCUUUCAUCCUUGAGCUCCAAGGUUAAUGAUGGAACGAUAAUCUCGUUCGCCCAAUGCAAACGAAUUGAAAGGCUGACGUUGACCAACUGCUCGGCGUUGACAGAUGCCGGUGUUUCUGACCUCGUUAACGGGAAUGGUCAUCUUCAGGCGCUGGAUGUGACAGAAUUAAGGAAUCUUACAGACCAUACACUGCAUAUCGUUGCGAGGAGCUGCCCUAGGCUACAAGGCCUGAAUAUAACCGGCUGCACCAAAAUAACUGACGACUCAUUGGUGGCCCUAGCAGAAAAUUGUCGUCAGAUUAAAAGGUUGAAACUCAACGGCGCUAUACAAGUCACUGAUCGAGCAAUUCAAUCGUUUGCAAUCAAUUGUCCGUCGAUGCUUGAAAUCGAUCUACACGGUUGCCGACUCAUAACCAAUUCUGCCGUAACAAACUUGCUUUCGACACUUCGGUAUCUCCGAGAGUUGCGCCUUGCUCAUUGUGCCGAUAUCACUGAGCAGGCAUUCCUUGACUUACCAGACGGAAUAAUUUUUGAUAGUCUUCGGAUCCUGGAUCUGACAGCCUGCGAACAUGCUAUAUGCAAGCUGGGCAGGAAUAUACACUAUGUCCAUUUGGGUCACUGUUCAAACAUCACCGAUAACGCCAUGACGCAGCUAGUUAAAUCUUGUAGCCGAAUUCGGUACAUUGAUUUAGCUUGCUGCAACAGGCUAACGGACAUCAGUGUACAGCAAUUGGCAACACUGCCAAAGUUACGGAGAAUAGGCUUGGUAAAGUGCCAAGCUAUCACAGAUCGCGGUAUCCUUGCUCUAGCGAAACCGCGCAUUCCACAGCAUCCUCUUGUCAGCUCUUUGGAACGAGUCCAUCUGAGCUACUGCGUCAAUUUGAGCACUUACGGUAUUCACCAAUUACUUAACCAUUGUCCCAGACUCACGCACCUCAGCUUAACUGGGGUGCAUGCCUUCUUACGAGAAGAAUUAACCGCCUUUUGUCGCGAUGCUCCCCCGGAAUUUACGCCUCAGCAACGAGAAGUGUUUUGUGUUUUUAGCGGUGGAGGAGUUAAUCGAUUAAGAGAUUUCCUCAAUCAAGCCGCAAUAGCGUAUCAUCGUGAGCUAGAGGAAGGAACAAUGUUUGAUGACGCCGAAGAACCAGAUGAGGAAGAAGGACAAGUUACAGGCCUCAUGAACGCCACAGGUCUUAAUGACGAUCAGGAUAGAACUCUUGACGAUGCUGCGACUCCGAUCCAAGGCUAG